AAAUCAAAGACGAACACAGUUCCGUAAACGAAGACAAACAGUUCAGGCAUUUGGAUCGUUACAUUGUUCAGGAAUGGAUCGCAGCAGAUCUCCUGACAGAACUGGCAGAGAGGAAAAACAAAAGAAGAAGAAACGGAGACGAUCAACCUCUUCCUCUUCUUCUUCCUCUUCAUCGAGCUCCUCCUCAAGCAGCAGGAGCCGAAGUAAAUCGUCUAAGAAAUCAUCUCUCAAGAAGCGAGAUAGGAAAACACAAAGAAAGAAGCGCAGAACACGCUCCUCAUCUUCAUCAUCCACCUCUUCUUCAUCUUCAAACUCAUCCUCGUCCUCGAGCGAUGAGAAGACAAAGAAAAAGAAAAGCAAAGAUAAGAAAAAGAAGCUAAAGAAACAAAAAGCGAAGCUGAAAAAGCAGAGAAAGGGGGAAAAGAAGAAACUAAAGAAGAAGCUCAAAAAGGAGAAGAAAAAUAGGGAGAAAGAGGCGCACCAGACUCCCGCAGAGAAACCUCCAUCCUAUCUGGAGGUGUGGCAGAAUGAUGAGGGAGCAGUGGAGCUCGGGCCUGUCAUGACAGAUGAGCAGAAGGCCCGGCUGUCUACCAAGAGACCUCUCACCAAAGAAGAAUAUGAGGCCAGGCAGAGUGUGAUCCGCAGGGUGGUGGACCCUGAAACAGGACGAACCAGAUUGGUGAGAGGAGAAGGAGAAAUAAUAGAGGAGAUAGUCAGCCGAGAAAAACACAAAGAGAUCAAUAAGCAAUCUACAAAGGGAGAUGGGGAUGGCUUCCAGCGAAAACUGGGAAUCAACAGGUAGAAGAAAUUUGCAAAGUUCCACUAAAGAGAAACAACCAGGAAGAGGAGUCUGCCCAGAACCAAAACCUUUGGAACAUUGAACAAAGUGUAUUUUUAGUCUGCAUUUUGUAUCAGAGAUUUACCUGUGAUUGAAUUGUAUGAUACAAAAAAUGUACAAAGUGAAAGUUAAAGUCAUGUUUCAUCUUGAUUUGCCUCUGUACAUUUAAGCUGAUUAGAAAGGAUUUUAUUGUUGUUAAGCAGGGAGCAAAAUAAGCUGCAUCACCACAUGAUGUUCCAAAUCGUUUCCCCUUUAUUAGUUUUUCAUGCAUAUUUACUUUACUAGAUUUAAACCUGUUAAAACACCUGUUUACCUGUUUGUCACUGUGUAAAUUUAAAUAAGAAUUCAACCUAAAUUAACCUCAGAUUGAGGAAAAUCCAGGUAUUUAGAAUCAGUGAUUGUUUUCUGCUGAUAUAGUCUGUAUAAUUUCUACUAAAUCUAAAACACAAAGAAUCAGAUUUAAUAUACUGUAUCUGUAUAUUUGCAACAUUCUAUAUAUCAACUUUACACAAGUGUUUUAAUUUUUUUUUCCAAAUAAAUGAGCAAUAUUGUCAGC